CCAAUUGCUUCUAUUUUGUCAGUUUUGCACCGUUUCCAUAUUUUAACAAAAAAAUAUAUUUAUGGUAAAGAUUACAGAAGACAAGAAAAUGAUUGUAAACUCUGUAAUUUAAAGAGACCACGCAUUGUCGUUUUCCCAACUUGUCUUCAUUUUCCAUCCAAAACCCACAAAAUUCCCACACAACUCGACCGGUUCAGACAACUUAGAGCUGUAAUCUCUCUCUCUCUCUCUCUCUCUCUCUCUCUCUCUUACCGACAUGGCACACUGACCUGAUUAUUGGGCCCAAAAUUAGCUGAUCGUCAAUAUCUUAUUGCACAAUUUUUUGGUGCUAGAGAAAAAAAGUGAUUUGACACUGAUGGCGGACUUGGUUGGGCCGAGAUUGUACAGUUGUUGCAAUUGCAGAAACCAUGUCGCUCUUCAUGAUGAUGUCAUUUCUAAAGCUUUUCAGGGAAGGAAUGGUCGAGCCUUUCUGUUCUCUCAUGCAAUGAACAUCAUGGUGGGGCCUAAACAGAACAGGCACCUCAUGACUGGUCUCCACACGGUUGCUGAUGUCUACUGCUGCGACUGCCGCGAAGUGCUCGGUUGGAAGUACGAAAGAGCCUAUGAAGAGACUCAGAAGUACAAGGAAGGAAAGUUCAUACUCGAGAAAUCCAAAAUAGCCAAAGAAAACUGGUAGUGCUGGUAUUGGGGUAGGUUUUGGGUUACAAGUGUAAAGGUCACUUCUACGUGUUCAUACUGUCCGUGGAAAAUUGGAAAUAUCGAAAUGCUAUUGUUCUU